AUGGCAUCGUAUUCGUCGAGAGAUGAUAAGCCAGAAAUUUCUGAUCGGGAUGCUAAGGAGAAGAAAUCUGACAAGAAGAAGGAGGAGGGAGAGAAUGAUGAGGAUGAUGAGGGUGGAUUUAUCGAUAGGGUGAAGGAUUUCAUUCAUGACAUUGGGGAGAAGAUCGAGGGAGCAAUUGGGUUCGGGAAGCCAACAGCGGAUGUUACUGCGAUUCACAUCCCUAGCAUCAAUCUCGAGAAGGCGGAGAUUGUGGUGGAUGUGCUGAUCAAGAACCCAAAUCCAGUGCCCAUCCCUCUUAUCGACAUUAACUACUUGAUCGAAAGUGAUGGCAGGAAACUGGUCUCUGGCUUGAUCCCGGAUGCCGGAACAAUCCAUGCCCACGGAGAAGAGACUGUCAAAGUUCCAGUCCACUUGGUAUACGAUGACAUCAAGAACACCUACGAUGACAUCAAGCCUGGAAGCAUCAUUCCUUACAGGUUCAAGGUCGAUCUCAUUGUCGAUGUCCCUGUUCUCGGCAGACUCACUCUCCCCCUCGAGAAAACUGGAGAAAUCCCUAUCCCUUACAAACCCGAUGUCGAUGUUGAGAAGAUCAAGUUUCAAGCCUUCUCCUUCGAAGAAACCGUUGCAGUCCUCCAUGUGAAGCUGGAGAACAUGAAUGACUUCGACUUAGGCCUCAAUGCUCUUGACUACGAGAUUUGGCUCUCUGAAGUCAACAUUGGCGGUGCGCAGCUCUCCCAAUCUGCUAAUCUUGCUAAAAAGGGUGUCACUUUCAUUGAGCUUCCCAUCACCUUUAGGCCUAAGGAUUUUGGGUCUGCGCUCUGGGAUAUGAUUCGGGGAAAGGGUACCGGCUACACCAUCAAAGGUAAUAUCAAUGUGGACACGCCCUUUGGAGCCAUGAAGUUGCCCAUCGUCAAGGAGGGUGGCACUACACGCCUCAGGAAGAACAAGGAAGAUGGCGGCGAUGACGAUGACGAGGAUGAGUGUCACAAUGCUUUACCUUGCUACAUUGACUUCUUGCUCUUGUAA